AAUUGUACACGCUUGCCUUGCAGAAUCGGAAAUAACGGCAGAGGCGGAGAUUGACGGGGAAGACCGUGCGACGCCAAUCAUAUUGUUUUCUCUUGCAUGUUGUCUGUGAAACAAAAGUUCUCAGUCACAACCGACAACACACUACCCGACCACGUUGCGGGACUACAACGGAUUUAACGGGCCAUUGGAAUAGGGGAAUAUUCUUGCGUGGAGACAUUUAUAUAGUCUCUAUAGCAGUGGAUGGUUGGGGGAAGCGGGUCCAGGAAAGUCACAGACGACAAUGUAGGCAGCCCAGCCGGAGUCAUAUCAUGGGCUCAGAGGCAGUGGAAGAUUGUGUGCAGGGGGCUCUCUCGUCCCUCUACCCCCCCUUCGAGAGCACAGCCCCGCCUCUCCUCUCUCAGGUUUUCUCUGUGUUAGAGUCGACUUAUCAGCAUGACAGUCUGAGGUACCUGCUGGAUUACUUCAUCCCAGCAAAACACCUUCUUCACAAACUACAGCAGCAUGCCUGUUCUCAGUAUCUGGGUUGUCUGUUCCUCCACUCCGGUUGGCCCCUCUGCCUCGGAGAGAAGAUUGUGGUCCAGCUCUCUACUCUGGACUGGAGGCUGCUGCGCAGUACCGACUUCUACUUGCAGGUGGUUCCCUUCUCCACACGCUGCCCCCGCCUGGCCCUCAAGUGUUUGGCCCCCGGGGGCCGCAACGUCCAAGAGGUCCUGGUGCCCGAGUCACAGCACCCUCUGGUGUUCACUACAGAGUGGCUGCACAGUGUCAACAAGGAGAGGGGCUACAAAAGAGAAGGAGGUGGAGGGUUAGAUACGUGUCUGAUCAGUACGUGUGACGGGGUGGUCCGCCUACCGUGGGAGGAGGUGGUCUACCCCAAGUUCAUCCAUAACCCAUCAGAUGACCUGACUACCAUGGCUGACCACCCAACCUCCGUCUCCGACCACACCACCGACCUCACCCCGGUGGUGGGCCUCGGCCUGGGUGGCUGGGGGGGCUCCUCCUCUGGAGAACCAGACUCCUGUUCCUGGGACGAAGAAGACGAUGACCUACCUCCAGACAGUGUAGAUGCAGAGGCCGUUCUACCCCGCCGACGGUGCAGCGAGGACGGGUUAGGGAGGACGACGAGGCAUCACCAAAUGGCUGGUGAUGGGGACUACGUGGAACUCCUGGAGCCCAGGGGGGGUCCGGACGGCGGCGCAGACCCCAGGCAGAGGUACCUGGAGAUGCAUGGGAUCUGUAAGACCAAGACCCUGCCGCUGUGUAGAAGGAGCAAGGCUAUCAAGCUCCGCAGAGGGAAGGCCUGGGGGUAUGGGCGACUGGACGCAGCCGGGGGCAGUAGGGGCGUCCUGGGGGGUAAGAGGGACUCUGUGACCCACCGGGGGGACUGGUUACCCCCCCGCCCCCUGCCUAGAGUUAUCGAUGUAGGCCGAGCGAGACGGUCUGAGUCGUACCCCUCCUCGCUUCAGAACUCUGACGAAGGGGAGAAACAGGCCCUCGGAAAAGACCCAGAAGGCCUAGGAAGCCAGGGGCUGUAUUUUGAUGGUCCGUCCAAGGAGAGGAGGCCCGGGGUGGGCAGGGAGAGGGAGGGCAGUGGGUGUAACGUUACACAACCAUGCAGGGACAGCCAUGGAAGUAACAGUUUGGUAGCGAGCGAGACAACAAAUCCCAAAGCAGCGCACGUUGUAGAGGGCCAAUCGGAUCAAAGCUCUCGCUCUGAAUCUGUGUUUGAGGAUGCUGAUAAGUCACUGAGUGGAGACAGCGACACCAUGCCCACUACAGACACACGAGGAAGUGGGGAGAAUGCGGCGAGGCCAUUGAUUGAUAUUCCAGGAAAUGGGGAGAAUGUGGACAGCCCGUUAGCAGAUGGAUCUGAAACCCAGAAAGGAAGACAUUCCACUAGUGACUCUUGUGUACCAGACAAAACAGCAGACUCGACAGAACACAGAGGGACGGAACGUUCUCUCUCUCGACCCGGUACUGACGCUGACCCAAAGGGAGCAACAACUCCAGAAGAGAGGGCUGAAGGAAAGACAGAGGAGAUAGGAGUGUGUCCUCGAGGAAAGGAAGUCAAAACGGGAGGAUUCAGGGCACCCAGGAGGAAGAGGAAAGGGAGAGGGGGAAAGGGGAAGGCUAAAAGUGGAUGUCGUGGCAACCAGAAGACUCGAGACCAGGCCGGUUCCAAACCACCAAGUAAAACACCUCAGCGUGGUCCCGCCAUCUCCUCGACAACCAACCUGCCAAUCACUACAACCAACCUAUCAGAGGCAACACAGCAGCCUGAGGGGGCGGAUAAAGAGGUCACACCAGUCAAUGAAGGACGAGAAAAAGCUGAGAUUGGGGAAAGCAAUACAGAAAACCAGGUUGUCCAAUCAGAAGUCUCACCUGACACAACUACUAGCCAAUCAGGCACAUCCUUAUCUAACCACUCUACAGAGGAGUUAGGGGCAGAGACAUCUCCUGACCUAUCAAAUGGCCUAUCACCUAAAGCCCCUCCUCUCCUAAGGGAAUUGGACACAGAACUCCUCCAAUCAGGAAAGCUGAUGUUGACAGGUACGGUGGACAGGCUGGGACGGGCUGUGGUUGUCACUGAAACGCACCUCCCAGAGGACGGUUGCCGUGCGGACGAGAUGGGCCGUGUCUUGGCCUGUUAUCACAGGAUCACCCGCUCUUCUGCGAAAGAGCGAGGCCUAACAGUAAUAGUAGACAGUAGACAAUCUCCUCCCUCCGCUCUCUGCCUCGCUGCACUGAAACAAUUACAGGCUGUGGUCCCGGGAGGUCUUGGCUCUGUCCUCAUUCUGGUGGAGGAGCAGCACCAGGAGUCAUCUACACACAGUCUAGAAGGAGUAGAGGUGCACACGGUGCGAGGGACAGGGGUCCUACAGCAGUAUAUAGACAGGCAGCAGCUGCCCCUGGAGAUGGACGGAGACUACAAACAUUGCCACUCUGACUGGCUGGCCUUCAGACUGAGUGUGGAGAGUCUAACUGAGUGUUGUGAGAGCGCACUCUCUCUGUUGGAGGAUGCACUGCAGUCUAUGGACACAGCACCACUACCAGACUGUAUCAAGACUGUUCCUCUAAGUGUGGAAAAACACAGACAGCUGAUGACGAGCAUCCUAGUCGAUCAACGGCUGACUGAGCUGCAGCGCAAGGGUGGGGCCUGGUUGGCAGGGCUGGCCAAUGGCACAUCAGGACUGGCAAAGCGGUCCCCAGACUGCAGAGCUGCUCUGGCUGCGACCUCUAACCUCUAUGACAGCGUGGAUGAUUCCCUCCACCGCCUCGUCCAGGUGUCCAAUCAGAGGGGCAGUGAUCUGGAAGCCCUCGGACGAUUGGCUACCAUGGUGGACAAGCUGGAAAAGUGCGAGAGGGAGAUAGAGCAGAUCCAGGAUCAGUUGGAAGACUACAGGGAGCCUCCCAUCUCUCUCAGCAGGCUCUCCCUCAAACAGCAGAAGUUCAAGACUUUCAGAGAGUCGGCCAACGAGCUGCACACUGAGACCCUGGCGGUCCUUGGAGAUCUGGAGAGCUGGUCUGAGCUGGACUGGGGGGGACUGAUAGAGGUGCAGGUCAGGGUACCCCCGGUCAGAGAGAGACUCAGAGACAUGUCUCACUGUCUGUCUGACUGCUGGACAACACUGGACAACACACAGAGACUACUGUCCACACUGACCGAGGCCAACCAGUGGUGCGACGUCAUCUCCUCUACCUCACCCUCCCCCUCCACCCCCCUCUCCUCCCUCCCUCCCAUUCCGCCAUCUCGUUUUCAGGACGCCCGUGCCUUAGCCUUGGAGCUGGGUGGUGGAGCUCUCCUGGACCUGUGGUCUCAGACCCUUGAGAGAUACCAACGCACUGUGGCCCAGGUCAAACCCAGGCUGCUGCAGCAGGCAGAGCGAGGGCAGAACCAGGGCCAGGCCCGGCCCAAGACCCCCUCCGCCUCCAGUCUGUGGGACCUGAUGGGGCCCGAGGGAGAGGGAGACUGGGGUGUCGGGGCCGGGGGAGGAGAGGGAGGCCUCCAGUCCUGGGGGUCCCUGGCUUCACUGUUUCGCCCACAGACCUGCUCCACGCUGAAGAUAGGAGAGGAGAAAGGGAAUAGGAAGGAGGGAACGGGAGGAGGAGGAGGAGGAGCGGGAGGAGGGAAAUUUCUGCAGAAUCUGUUGCAUCCGGCAAAGAAGAGCCCCACAGAAGCUCCUUUGCCCCCCAAACCCCCCAGGAAGCGUCACCCCAGCUUCGACCUCCAGGCCCUGCUGGCCCCCCGUCGGGGCCCUGCCACCGCCAGGCCUGUAGAGCCUCCUGUGGGUGCAGCCAGCCGUAACUCCCCCCUCACCUGGCUGGGGCGCCGGGCCCUCACAGACCCUGUUAUCGCCGCUGGGAUGGCAGCCGCCGUCCCCGGAUGGAGAGAGGGAGGAGGAGGAGGGAUUGGGGGAGGAAUAGGAGGGGUGCAGGGGGGAUCAGGGGUGCUCAUCAGAGGUGUAGAGGUGAGCAGCAAGGAAGUGGUGGACUACACCGGGACGCCAAGACAACACGUGCUGCUGAGCCGAGCGGAGAGGGAGACGGGAGGGGAGAGGCAGGGCACCACCACCGCACAGAGUAAACUGUACCUAUUGUGGUGCAGGAUGCUGAGUUCAGAGAGGCAGUACGUGGCUGUAUUAAAGGGGGUGGAAGAGACCUACUUGCCCCUCCUGGAGGGUCCAGACACCCCCUCCUCCCUCAGGGGGAAAGCAGAUCUCCUGUUCCCCAAAUGGGCCAGCCUCAGCUCCUUCCACUCACAGAACCUCCUCCCAGCCAUGGAGGGAGCUCUACUGCAGAGUCUGCUGCAACAGGACCUCUUCAGUAAAUACAGAGAGGAGUUUCUCCACUACUCUCACUACAUCAGGAUUAAACCAGAAUUGGACUCCCCGUUGGUUACUCAAGCUGCGGACUUCUUCAAGCUCAGACUCCCGGCCACCCCUCCUCUCUCCCCCCUGUCGUUCCCCCAUUGUCUCCAGGCCCCUACACUGAGACUGGAACAGUACUGCGAUGCCUUGGAAGAGCUGGGAGGGCUAAACCCUGCCUCCGACUCCUCCCUCUCCGUCCUCAGACACGUCCAGCGUCACGGCGAGGACCUCCGGGCCAGCGACCUAAUCGUCGGGUGUCCGGUCCCAGUGGCGGAGCGCGGAGAGCUGGUGCGUCAGGGGGAGCUGUUGGUGUGUGGGGGGACCAGGAGGAAGAAGACAGGGGUGAGGAGUGUGUUCCUCUAUCAGCACCUCAUCAUCUUCACCAAGCAGAAGAGUCCCGGCCCAGGACGCACCGCCUACAGCUUCAAACACAGCAUCAAGACGGGUGAGAUGGGUCUGACCCAGAGUGUGGGUGAGGAAGGGGUGAGGUUCGAGGUGUGGGUGCGUCAGGCCCCUCGUAUCCGGGACUGCCUGACCCUGCAGUGUCAGAGUGGAGAGGGGAGGGCAGCCUGGACACACGACAUUGCUCAGCUCCUCUGGACUCACGCUAUACACAACACAGAGUUGUGUUUGAAAGAGACAAUGUGUAUCGGUGUGUCUAGUAAGAUACUGCUAGAUGCCACAGGAGCACCGGUAACAUCUGAACUCGACUCUAUCUACAAUCUGAAUGACAGAGUCCACAGUAGCUGUUCAGACUCUUCCUCUGUUGGCAGUCAGAAGGAGGGGGGGUCCCCAGCCUCUGGGAGGGGACAAACACAGAACCAGUCUCCUUCCACUGCGGUGUAAUCUUCAUCUCAGCAACCAACAAACUGGAUUCUGGACCUAAUAAAGACCAACACAACAUCUCUAUGCAAGCCACUGGACGGGUCAAACUGGACAAGAAGUAAAGGACCAAAGAGAAAAGGGCAUACAGGAAACAAAGAGACAUUACGGCUCUGACUAACCCAGGACCUAGCAUCAGCAGAGCCUGCUCUCGGUGGCCAUGUUGGAUCGGCCGGACACAGUUGCUCGCCGAGUCAUUGAUACCGUGGACACUCCAGCCACACAGUAGAGCCAUUGUCCUCCUUCAGCGGCUCCCCACUAGGCCAAACCACUCUGCCUGAACCACUGGCUGGCGGCCAUGGCCUUCGUGCUUCCACUAUCUCCUAAAACAUACAGGAGCAUUAUAGGAAAUAUAGCUUUAUACUGACUUUAUUGGACAUUAUUAAAAUGUUGCCUUUUACAAUGCUGUUUAAACAGGGACGUUUUUU